UAGCCUAGCCUUUCCCGGUAGAUAGCGACAUGGACAUGCACGAUGGCUGGUUUUAUUGGACAAGGAAUACACCUGCGUCAUCAAAUUGCGACGUAUAAACAUGGCAUUUGUUUCUGGUUGAUAAACGUUUGCUUCAUGGUCCUUUAUGCAUCCAGUAUGAGCGGAGGGUUGGCACCAAGCAAAAGCACCGUCUAUGUGUCUAAUCUGCCGUUCUCUCUGACCAAUAAUGACCUACACAAGCUAUUCACCAAAUAUGGAAAAGUUGUAAAGGUUACAGUAGUUAAAGAUAAAGACACUCGCCAGAGUAAAGGGGUGGCGUUUGUUCUCUUUCUGGACAGAGAAUCAGCCCAUAACUGUGCAAGAGCAAUAAACAACAAACAGUUGUUUGGCAGAACCGUGAAAGCGAGCAUUGCAAUUGACAAUGGCCGAGCAGCUGAGUUUAUAAGGAGACGCAACUACAUAGACAAGUCUAAAUGUUAUGAAUGUGGGGACACAGGUCAUCUAAGCUAUGCAUGCCCCAAAAACAUGCUCGGAGAGAGGGAGCCUCCAAAGAAGAAGGAAAAGAAAAAGAAGAAAAAAGCUCCACAACCUGAGCACGUUGAAGAAGAAAGUGAAGAAGAGGGAGAGGACCCUGCCUUAGAUAGUCUAAGCCAAGCAAUAGCUUUUCAGCAAGCUCGUAUCGACGAAGAGAAGGAGAAACAGAGAAAGGCUCAAGAGGAUGGUUCCCGUGCCUCAGCAUCCUCAGACUCUAAGAAACCAAGGAUCAAAAAGAGUGCAUACUUUAGUGAUGAGGAGGAGCUCAGUGACUAAUAAUAAUAAUACAUACCGGUUUUAUGAAUUUCACCGACAAACUGUUUGACAAAUAAGUGGUUGUCGUUUGUGAAAUGUUUUUGUGUUACAGAUUCCAUUUACAUUUUUUUUAUUUUUGUACAUAUAGCUGAAACAUUUUUAUGCUUCUAGAAAUUCUGUGUAAUUGUUCCUGUGCUGAUUGAUUUGUUGUUUGUGGCAUUUUUAUUUCAGUCAAUAAAAUCUCAUUAAGUAUUGACAAACAAAAAUAACUCUGGUCACUUUCGGCUUUUCCCAUUUAGGGGUCGCCACAGCGAAUCG